AUGGCCGAGGCGCUGCUUCUGGGCUUUCGUCACCGGCUCUCCAUCCUCUCCAUGCUGUUUGCUCGCCCCCUCUCCCUGACUCAUCGAAUCGCUACGUUCAUUCUCAAAGCGCCCUCGCUUCCUCGGCGGCUGGGGCGCCUCGUCCUCUGGCUGUUCCUCUUCUACGUCCAUCACUGUGAAUUCGUCGUCUGUCUGGCUGCCAUCGUUCGGAUGGCCCGUUUCGGGUGGCUGCUCGCUCGGUCCUGGCUUUGCUGCGCGGUCGGGUGUCUCCUCGUCGUCGCUCCUUGCGCCAUCGUCGCUGUCGUCGUUGUCUUGGCUGGUGGGGUGUUCCCUGGUUUCACCCCCGCUGUGCCCGUGCGUUGCAAAGGUUGGUGCUGA